UGUUUCCGUGUGCUUUCGUCCUUCCGCGGCCUUGCUUGGCUGCGGUUGGGAAGUAACGACGCGGGUGGGAAUGCUGUAGCGGUGCAAGUAGCUACCAAACCCACCUAAGGGAAUGCAAAACUUCGGAGCGGAGUUCUACAUUUUAAGACAUUUGUGCGUACCCGAACAACCCUCUUCCUCCAGUCGCUCGGUUUCUCAUGGAAGCGGAUGGAUUUGUAAGGAGGCGUCGGAUGACAGCGGAGUCUGCAGGCAACGAUCCCGGGGUUGCUGGCGCAUCAGCCGGGGCAGAAGUUCGAUGGCUGGGGGGCAGGUUCUUGGGAGUAUCGGAAAGUAUCGUGGGUAGCCUGUCGCCGAGGAUUGGAGGCGAGACGGAACUACAGACUGGUGACUUCACCCGCAAUGCACAGGAUCAAAGAGAUGACACUGAACCAGACUACGAGGGCUUGCCACAGGGAGCCUCAACGAGCACGCACAUGUUGGCCGGAGCCGUGGCCGGGAUCAUGGAGCACUGCCUCAUGUUCCCCAUCGAUUGUGUCAAGACAAGAAUGCAGAGCCUCCAGCCCGACCCGGCCGCCCGUUACCGGAACGUGAUGGAUGCCCUCCGCCGUAUCGUGGCAACGGAGGGAGCGUGGCGGCCAAUGAGAGGCUUGAACGUAACCGCCAUCGGGGCGGGGCCUGCCCAUGCCCUGUACUUUGCCAGCUAUGAGAAACUCAAAAAGACUCUGAGUGAUGUGAUCCACCCCGGCGCUAACAGCCAUUUGGCUAAUGGAGCAGCCGGAUGUGUGGCCACGCUGCUUCACGAUGCAGCCAUGAACCCAUCAGAAGUUGUGAAGCAGCGCAUGCAGAUGUAUAACUCCCCGUACCGCGGCGCGUUGGACUGUAUACGCGCUGUGUGGAAGAAGGAAGGCCCCCGCGCAUUCUACCGCAGCUACACCACCCAGCUGACUAUGAACGUACCCUUCCAAGCGCUCCACUUCAUGACUUACGAAUACCUGCAGGAGCUGCUCAACCCCCACAGACAAUACAACCCCUCAUCCCACAUGCUGUCCGGGGCCCUGGCCGGGGCCCUGGCCGCCGCUGCCACCACGCCGCUGGACGUGUGCAAGACCCUCCUCAACACCCAAGAGUCGCUCGCCCUCAGCUCCCUCUCGGCCAACCAAGGAGCCCACAGACAUAUCACGGGCCUGGCCCACGCCUUCCGGACGGUUUACAGGCUGGGCGGCCUGCGGGGCUACUUCAAGGGAGUGCAGGCGAGAGUCAUCUACCAGAUGCCCUCCACGGCCAUCAGCUGGUCUGUGUACGAGUUCUUCAAGUACGGACUCACCAAGCACCAGCUCGAAAAGAGGCGAGCGCAGCAGAUGGAGGCGGAGAUGUAGACGGCGCGAGGUGAAGCCAGCUUAUAACGCACAGCACAUGAAAUCACCCCAUCUCCACUGUCCCAUUGGCCAGACAGGCCUUUCUGGAAAGAGUUUUUAAAAUGCCGUUUGCUGAUUACGCACAUUAUGAUUUAUGUUGCUAGGUGAAAGAAAUGUCACAGUAUUCGAAUUGUUCAAGUAGAGGCCACGGGUUGUCACCAGAGGAGGGCAGUAGUGUUAUUUUAAUAACCUUGUUUUGGGAUCAGCUUCUUUUUUUUUUUUUUAACACAUCCAAUAUUUCAAAUUUGGUGUUAAGAGGAUUUUCAGUCACAUGAAUGUGUACUGUAAUUGAUUCUUCAAAUUUACAGUUCAAAAUGAUGGGGGAAACUGGAAUCCUGCAAACAGUCAUUUAAAUGAUUAUAACCAAAUCUGCAUUGAAAUAUGAGGGCCCCCCCCCCUUUAUUUGCCCGCCCUCUGUUUAUUUUUUUUAAUCCACAGCUAGACUUUACAUGAAUCUCAAGCUUAUAUUUAAUUUAUCCUCAAUUUCUCCCACAUAAAAAUGUGAUCCAUCGCCUGUUGGCAUAAUUUGCUUUGUGGCGCUUCCAUUGGCACCCCCCUCGUACUUGUCAGCUAUUCACCAUUAUUGCCUUGUCUUGCAGACGGCUGUUCUGAGACUGAUCUUAGUUUCUGUCACUGCUACUACUGAGUGUGUUAAUGUCCUCUUCUUUGAUGGUACAGGUUACACGGAAUUGAAUAGGCCGCGCCCCAAAAACCAAGAGUCAGCUCAAUAAGCAAUGGUGGAAAAUGUUGCUAUCAUACCCACAUUGAGUAAAUGGAAGCUGUCAUUCUAACUGAUUCUGAAUUGCACUCAUCAUGAAAUAAUAAAUUGUGAGCUGUGGACAGUGCUCAUAAAUCAUCCCAAAUCA